AUAUUUGAGCUAGCGUUUCGAUUCUAAUGCAAGAAAGAUCAAGAGAGAAUUAUAGCUAGUUUUGAGCCCAGAAGUGUUACGAAGCAUGGGAAAUAUGAAGCGCAUACAAACACCCAAAAUCAUUCUAGUUCCAUAUCCAGCACAAGGCCAUGUUACUCCCUUGCUCAAGCUAGCAUCAGCCUUUCUUGACCAUGGAUUCGAGCCGGUGAUGGUCACCCCGGAAUUCAUCCACCGUAGGAUCAUAUCAAAUAUUGAUCCGAAGUCUCAUAUUUCAUGCAUUUCAAUACCAGAUGGGUUGGAAAUGGACAUGCCUCGUGACUUCUUUGCUAAUGAGAAAGCUAUGGAAAUAAACAUGCCAAGUCACUUGGAGGGUCUGGUUCGGAAAUUCAAUGAAGAUGGUGAAGUGGUGGCGUGCAUGAUUGUUGAUUUAUUAGCUUCCUGGGCUAUUGAAGUUGGCCAUCGAUGUGGGGUUCCCGUGGCUGGAUUUUGGCCUGCCAUGCUUGCUACAUACCAGUUGAUUGCAGCCAUACCUGACAUGGUUAGAACCGGCCUUAUUUCUGAAACCGGAAGUCCUCAACAUCUAGGUCCAUUAUGCUUUCUACCUAAUCAACCUUUGCUAUCUACUGAAGAUCUUCCGUGGCUAAUUGGAACUCCAGCUUCAAGGAAAGCAAGGUUCGAGUUUUGGACAAGAACCUUAGAUCGAUCAAGAAAGCUUUCAUGGCUACUUGUGAAUUCCUUUCCAGAGGAAUGCAUUGAUCAUGACAAACCACACAAUGGUGCUUUGCUAGAGAACUCUAUGGAUCAACCACUCAUUUGCCAAGUUGGAGCAUUGAGUAAGCAUCCACUAGUUAAAAACCCUAGCUUCUGGGAAGAAGAUAUGAGUUGCUUGCAAUGGCUAGACAAGCAAAAGCCUAGCUCGGUUCUUUACAUUUCAUUUGGAAGUUGGGUUAGCCCAAUAGGAGAAGGAAAAGUGAAAAAACUUGCUUUGACACUUGAAGCAUUGGGACAACCUUUUAUAUGGGUGUUAGGGCCUACUUGGCAAGGUGGGUUGCCUUUCGGAUACAUAGAAAGAGUGUCAAAGCAAGGUAAAGUGGUGUCAUGGGCACCGCAACUGAAGGUAUUGCAACACAAGGCUGUAAUGUGCUAUCUCACACAUUGUGGAUGGAAUUCAACAAUGGAAGCAAUACAAUGCCAAAAAUGCCUUAUAUGCUAUCCAGUUGCUGGGGACCAGUUUGUGAAUUGCGCAUACAUUACUGAGAAAUGGAAAAUUGGAGUAAAGAUCAAUGGAUUUGGGGAAAAAGAAAUGGAACAAGGCUUGAGGAGAGUGGUGGAAGAUCAUACGAUGAAUGAUAAGUUGACGAGGCUGCAUGAGAUAACCAUGGGAGAAGAAGCCAGUGUAGUAAUGAUGUCAAAUCUCACAACUUUUGUUAAUGAUUUCAAGGAGCAAACAAAUGGAUAUCCUAUUGAAUUAUCAAUGUAGUUUUAAUUGGUUUUUAUUUCUUGAAAUUUUGGAGACGAUUUUUCUAAUCUUACCAUUACAAAAA